CUUCACUUAAGCUUGUCAGACCGACGGCAGAGCUGUAGUCCAGAUAAAUAUCUCUGUGUUUCUGUCUGAAGAAAAUUCACCCGAGUUCAUCUGUUCUUUCUCAACAUCUGGCUCAAAUACUGUGUGUAGACAUGUCUGCUGUCAGAUGUCUGAGAUCUGAAGAUCAGUUUUUGUGCUCCAUCUGUCUGGAUGUGUUCACUGAUCCAGUAACUACAUCAUGUGGACACAACUUCUGCAAACACUGCAUCACUCAACACUGGGAUACUACUGAUCUAUGCAAGUGUCCCCUGUGUAAAGAGACUUUCUACAGGAGACCUCAUCUGAAGAUCAACACUUUAUUCUCUGAGAUGGUUGCUGAGUUCAGACAAGCUCAACAGAAAGCCAGCAGCUGUAGCUCAGAUCAACAAGCUGCCAAACCAGGAGAAGUUCCCUGUGACGUCUGCACUGGAACCAAACUGAAGGCCCUGAAGUCCUGCCUGGUGUGUCUGCUCUCCUACUGUGACUCUCACCUGGAGCCUCAUCUGACAAUGUCACGCCUGAAAACACAUCAGCUGAUCCACCCUGUGGACAACCUGGAAGACAGGAUGUGUAGGAAGCACGAUAAACCUCUGGAGCUGUUCUGUAAGACCGACCAGACAUGUGUCUGCAUGCUCUGCUCUGUUUUAGACCACAAGAGACACAAGGUUGUUCCUCUGAAACAAGGAUAUGAAGGAAAGAAGGCAGAGCUGGGAAAGACAGAGAAUGAAAUUCAGCAGAUGAUCCAGAAGAGACGACGGAAGAUUGAGGAGAUGAAAGAGUCAGUGAAGAUGAGUAAAGAUGCUGCAGACAGACAGAUAGCAGAAGGUGUUCAGGUCUUCACUGCUCUGAUGGAGUCUGUUGAGAGAGGCCUGAACCAGCUCAUAAAGGAGAUCGAAGACAAACAGAAAAUAAGAGAGAAACAGGCUGAAGGUUUCAUCAAAUAUCUGGAACAGGAAGUCUCUGAGCUGAUGAAGAGGAGCUCUGAGGUAAAGCAGCUCUCACGUUCUGAAGACCACCUCCACCUCCGCCACAGCUUCUCCUCCCUGAGAGCUGCUCCACCCACCAAGAACUGGACAGAGGUCAGUGUCUGUCCACCAGCAUAUGAGGGGACUGUUGUGAGAGCUGUGACUCAGCUGGAGGAGACACUCAGGAAAGACAUGAAGAAGCUGCUUAAGGCUGAGCUGAAGAGGGUCCAGCAGUAUGCAGUGGAUGUGACUCUAGAUCCUGAUACAGCAAAUCCCCACCUCAUCUUGUCUGAUGAUGGAAAACAAGUUCACUGUGGUGACGUGAGGAAGAAACUUCCAGACAACCCAGAGAGAUUUUCUAAAUAUGGGUGUCUUUUAGGAAAGAAGAGUUUCUCUUCCUACUGUUUUUAUUUUCAGGUUCAGGUUAAAGGAAAGACUGACUGGGAUCUAGGAGUGGCCAGAGAGUCAAGCAACAGGAAAGGAAACAUCACACUGAGUCCUCAGAAUGGUUUCUGGACUGUAUGGUUAAGAAAUGGAAAUGAAUACAAAGCUCUUGCUGGUCCUUCAGUGCGUCUUUCUCUUCAUUCUCGUCCUGAGAAGGUGGGGGUGUUUGUGGAUUAUGAGGAGGGUCUGGUCUCCUUUCAUGAUGUAGAUACUGCAGCUCUUAUCUACUCCUUUACUGGCUGCUCCUUCAAUGACAAACUUUAUCCAUACUUCAGCCCCUGUAAUAAUGAUGGUGGUAAAAACUCUGCACCUCUGAUCAUCUGUCCUGUCAAUCAAACUGUCUGAUCCAUUUAAUGAUGAAGCUUUGAGAUCAAUGAAUGAACUCACUGAUCUUCAUACUAAGGCUGUUGCGGUAUAUCAGUUUUGAUGAUAAUAAUGGUAUUAAAAAAAUUAAAUUUCAAUAUUUAAUUUUAUAAUUGGCCCGCGUCUUGCCCACUGUAUAAUUUUUUAAAAGGGUGGCACAAGUGGCACACAGAGAAACAAAGAUUCAAAAAAGUUGGGAAAACAAUUAUCUUUUCACGAAUGUUGAUUCCACCGGAAUGUAUGUUGUAUGAUUGAAGUGAUUAUUAGGGGCAUGUUUCGUCCUGUUUAUUGCGCUAGUAAGUACAGUACUGAUGUCAUUUUGGGCAAGUUUUGUCCAAUGUUACUUUGUUCAUACCACUAAAUUUUCUUUGUUGUAGAUAUAGGUCCAAGGUCUAGUAAUAAUUCAUGUCUGUCGUCACAUAUUUAAAGAAGCUUCUUUAAAGACAGAGAUAAAUGUAAAGCACAAUAACUAGUGUCAUUAAGUUUUCAUAAUUAUUUUGUGAUAGUAUUUAUUUUGCACAUGCCUGGUCUAUAUACUUCCGUUCUACUGUUAUUUGUGCUUGAGUGUGAUUCAUGUCCCGAAAAUUGCAUGAAUACAAAGUAAAAGAUGCAUUUCCUAGAUUUUGCUAUUAUUAUUUACAUUUACAUAUAUCAUGACAGCCCUACGUCACACUUUAUUCACACUCUGUAUAUAUAUCUUUUACUACUACAGGACUGGUAUAGCUGUGAACACAAAGAUAUCAGUGGAUUGGGAGAUAUGUGAUGGUAAAAAAAAAAUUAUAUCAACUUGUUUUCUUUCAGUCUUCAGUAUACUGUAUCAUUGUAUACUUAGGUUGCUGGUGGUUGAUGGACUUUUAUCAUUUACUUGUUUUAAAGUUUUUACACAUAUGCAUCAAUUGUGAUGAUUAUUAAAUGAGCUACAAUUAAAGGCCAAGAGCUGUGUAAUGGGUUGUGUCAACUAUGUUUCUUCCUGGUGUCACUACCUCCAACAUGGUUUCAUUCGUAAGUUUUUGAACUGAAACUGGAGAUCUAACUCAUCCUUAUGAAUUGAAGUUAUUACAUUGGCGACAAGGACAAAUCGGACUACAAACGAUCUUUGGUGGGACGUUUGGAUUAAUCAGCCUGUACUGAGUAAAGAUUUCCGGUGUCGUGCAUAAAAUGCAGCCAGCGGCGACAGACAGACCGAAACUCACAGGAUGUUUCAAGUGCGGAGGAAGACAUGGAUCAGCCGACUGUCGAUUUAUUAAUGCAAUAUGUCGCAACUGUCAGAAGAGAGGUCAUUUGGCCAGGAAAUGCCACAGUGCCAGGCGGCCCAGACAGAAUCCAAGACAUGCAAGGGACUCAACACACAUGCUGGAAGAUGAUGAUGAUGAUGAUGAUGAUGAUGAUGAUGAUGAUGAUUAUGAGGAGGAAUAUGCUCACAUGCUGUACCAUUUUGAUGAUGAGGAGAGGGUGGAGUUAUACAGGGAGCGUCUGUCCGUAAAUGGACAUAACAGAGUUUGAAAUUGACUUUUUUUUUGAAAUUUUAGGAGGAAAUUGUCUCAAGGCUAUUCAGCUCGACUGGAGAGCAUAUUCAGACUGCAGAUGUCUCAACAGUAAGAGUUAAAUGGGCUGCUCUCACAACAUGGACAGGUUUUCAAAGGCGAACUGGGUACUCUUGUGGGAACUACAGCAAAAAUCUAUGUGGAGCCUGAGUCCAAGCCACGCUACUUCAAAACCAGACCCCUGCCAUAUGCCCUAAAACAGAAAGUGGAGGCAGAAUUAGUCAGAUUGGAAAAGGAAGACAUUAUUGAGGCCAUAAGUUUU